UGACUUAAGCCUUGGCGAUGCUUCCGUUAAUUGGAAAAACAAUCAUCUUUGAUAACUUUCCUGAUCCUUCUGAUACAUGGGAAAUCACUGAAACCAUCGGCAAAGGAACGUAUGGGAAGGUUUUUAAAGUCCUGAAUAAGAAAAAUGGCCAGAAAGCUGCAGUCAAAAUUCUGGAUCCAAUCCACGAUAUUGAUGAAGAGAUUGAAGCAGAGUAUAACAUCUUAAGAACACUUUCUGACCACCCGAAUGUGGUCAGAUUCUAUGGGAUUUACUUUAAGAAGGACAAAAUAAAUGGAGAUAAGCUAUGGCUAGUUCUUGAGCUGUGCAAUGGAGGAUCAGUGACCGAUCUCGUGAAAGGAUUUCUGAAGAGGGGGCAACGAAUGAGUGAGCCUCUGAUUGCAUAUAUUUUACAUGAAGCACUCAUGGGACUUCAGCAUUUGCAUAACAACAAAACUAUCCACCGCGAUAUCAAAGGGAAUAACAUUCUGUUGACUACUGAAGGCGGAGUCAAGCUAGUGGAUUUUGGAGUGUCUGCACAGCUCAGCAGCACCCGGCACCGCCUGAACACCUCUGUAGGAACACCGUUUUGGAUGGCUCCUGAGGUGAUUGCAUGUGAACAGCAAUUAGAUACCACUUACGAUGCUAGAUGUGACACAUGGUCCCUAGGUAUCACUGCUAUUGAGCUUGGUGAUGGAGAUCCUCCACUAGCUGAGCUGCAUCCCAUGAGAGCACUCUUCAAAAUACCAAGGAAUCCACCCCCUAAACUAAGGCAACCUGAGCUAUGGUCAGCAGAGUUCAAUGACUUCAUUAGCAAAUGCUUGACCAAAGAUUAUGAAAAGCGUCCAACAGUGUCGGAUCUUUUGAAGCAUAAAUUCAUUACUCAGAUAGAGGGCAAAGACGUGAUGCUACAAAAACAACUAAUGGAAUUCAUUGAUAUUCAUCAGUGUUUGGGAAGCACAGAGAAAGCCAGACAUGAACGUAUUCAUACCAAGAAAGGAAACUUAAAUAGAUCUCUCAUUUCCAGUCUGAAGGAUGUAGAUGACUUAGCAACCUUAGAUGUUUUGGAUGAGAACACAGUAUCUGAACACCUUGAGAAGUGUUAUUCCAGAGAUCAGAUCUACAUCUAUGUGGGAGACAUACUCAUUGCGCUUAACCCUUUUCAGAGUCUGGGUCUUUAUUCCACAAAGCUUUCUAAGUCGUAUAUUGGAGCAAAGAGAACUGCCAACCCACCUCACAUUUUUGCGAUGGCUGAUUUGGGAUACCAGUCUAUGGUCACAUAUAACUCAGACCAGUGCAUAGUUAUUUCUGGAGAAAGUGGUGCUGGGAAGACAGAGAGUGCUCAUCUUCUGGUUCAACACCUCACUGUGCUUGGAAAGGCUAAUAACAGAACCCUACAAGAGAAGAUUUUACAAAUGAAUAAUUUGGUUGAAGCCUUUGGCAAUGCCUGCACUAUUAUAAAUGACAAUUCCAGCAGAUUUGGAAAAUACUUAGAAAUGAAAUUUACCUCUUCUGGAGCUGUAGUAGGGGCACAGAUUUCUGAAUACCUUCUGGAGAAAUCUCGUGUCAUUCACCAAGCCAUUGGAGAAAAAAAUUUUCAUAUUUUUUACUACAUUUAUGCUGGGUUAGCGGAAAAGAAGAAACUAGCCCUUUACAAAUUGCCUGAAAAUAAGCCACCCAGAUACUUGCAAAAUGACCACCUCAGAACAGUGCAGGACAUGAUGAAUAAUAGUUUCUAUAAAUCCCAGUAUGAACUAAUAGAACAAUGUUUCAAAGUCAUCGGUUUUACAAUGGAGCAACUCGGAAGUGUGUAUAGUGUGCUGGCUGCAAUCUUGAAUGUUGGAAACAUUGAAUUCUCCUCUGUGGCAACUGAGUACCAGAUGGACAAGAGCUACAUCUGCAAUCAUGCAGCUCUGGAGAACUCAGCAUCUUUGCUUUGCAUUCAAGCAGAUGAGCUACAGGAAGCUCUUACCUCUCACUGUGUGGUCACUAGAGGGGAAACAAUUAUCCGACCCAACACGGUAGAAAAAGCUACUGAUGUCCGAGAUGCCAUGUCUAAAACUUUAUAUGGACGUCUCUUUAGCUGGAUAGUCAAUUGUAUUAACAGUUUGUUGAAACAUGACACAUCACCAAGUGGGGACGAGGAGCUGAGCAUCGGCAUUCUUGAUAUAUUCGGCUUUGAAAAUUUCAAAAGAAACUCCUUCGAGCAGCUGUGCAUUAACAUUGCAAAUGAACAGAUCCAGUAUUAUUUUAAUCAGCACGUGUUCGCAUGGGAGCAGAAUGAAUACCUAAAUGAAGAUGUGGAUGCUAGAGUUAUUGAAUACGAGGACAACCGGCCCCUCUUAGACAUGUUUCUGCAGAAGCCAAUGGGCUUAUUAUCCCUGCUUGAUGAGGAGAGUAGGUUUCCCAAGGCCACUGACCAGACUCUCGUCGAAAAGUUUGAAGAUAACCUGAAAUCACAGUACUUCUGGAGACCCAAGAGAAUGGAGCUUAGCUUUGGCAUUCACCACUAUGCCGGCAAAGUCCUCUACAGUGCUAAUGGGUUCUUGGCGAAAAACAGAGACACACUCCCAACUGAUAUUGUGUUACUUUUGAGGUCAUCAGAAAACGGUGUAAUUCGGCAACUUGUCAACCACCCUCUGACCAAAACAGGUAACCUGCCACUUUCUAAAACUAAAAAUCUAAUGAACUAUCAGAUGAGGAAUUCAGAAAAAUCCACAAACCUGACCAAGGGUGAAACUAGAGACAUCACACGUCAUGCUUGUGAAACCACCAACAUGAAAACGCAAACGGUCGCAUCAUAUUUUAGAUAUUCCUUGAUGGAUUUGUUAUCUAAAAUGGUGGUGGGCCAACCUCAUUUUGUCCGUUGCAUCAAGCCAAAUAAUGAGAGACAAGCAAGAAAAUAUGACAAAGAGAAGGUUCUGCUCCAGCUCCGCUGCACGGGGAUUUUGGAAACAGCCAGAAUUCGAAGGCUUGGUUAUUCUCAUCGGAUACUGUUUGCUAACUUUAUAAGAAGGUAUUAUGUUCUCUGCUACAAGUCGAGUGAAGAACCCCCAGUGAGCCCAGACACCUGUGCUACCAUUUUGGAAAAGGCUGGUCUUGAUAAUUGGGCUCUUGGAAAAACAAAAGUGUUCCUUAAAUAUUACCACGUGGAACAGUUGAAUCUAAUGCGAAAGGAAGCCAUUGACAAGCUUGUUUUGAUUCAAGCUGGUGUCAGAGCAUUCUUGGGUUCAAGAAGAUAUCAAAAGCUACAGCAGAAAAGGAGAGACAGUGCUGUAAUAAUACAGUCAGCUGCAAGAAGACAUCUCAUGAGAAAACAAGGAAAAGAAGCUGCUAACGUGAAACACACAGCAGCAACGAACAUUCAGGCUAAUGAUCGGGAAUUUGACUACAAGAAAAACUUUGAAACUAAAAGGGAAUCUUUUGUGAAGAAACAGACAGAAAAUGCAGCGUUUACUAAUGAAUCCAACAUUUCAGCUCCAAACAACAAAGAGAGCCCAUCUGCAGGAAGGACAGCUCCCUUCAGAGCUGAGGGGAAAACCACCAAUGUUGCUGAGAGUAACAACAAAAGAUACCAGACUCAGAAGAAAAUCAGCAAUGUGUAUGGGGAAGAGCGGAAUCAAGAGCUGUGUGUUGUGGGGAACCCUUGGGCAGAAGUGAGCCCUGGGAAGAAGUAUGUGCAAGACCUGGAAGAAAGCAGGAAGAUAAUGAAAGAGGAGAAAGGGGGCACUGUGAUCCAAACUUACUGUCAGUGGUACUCAGAAGGGAGGAACUUUGAAGAAUCAAAAGCAACAUGUCUAGAAGGAGAGGAGACAUGGGAAAAGCCAAGCUGCCCGGGACUGUGGCUAACUGAGGAGAUUUACCUGAGAAAAACUUUGGAUCCUAGUCUUAGUCAAAGGUCAGUCUAUGAAAAUGCAGACACCAAAGAAAAAGAAAAGAAGACAUCUGUAGUUACUCAGAAUGCCUGGAGAGAGUAUCAUCAUCUGCAUGGGUUCCUUGGAGAAAAAGACACGAGACCAGUGGAGCAGGCCCAGGAGGAAGACAAAGCUGCCUUGUUCAUUCAGAACAAAUAUCGGAGUUCCAAGCAAAAGCAGCAGUUGAGGGAGGUCAGGCUGUCACCUUCCUUUAAGAAUCAAAAGAUUAUUUCAUCACCCACAGAAGUAGCAAGAAACAUUCACAGUGUUUAUUCCUGUCCUUUAAAGCAUGAGGAGACCCAUCCUCUCAAGGUAACAAAUGACAGAGACUCAAAGGUGGCUUCGAAAAAAGAAGCCUGUGAUUUGGCAAUGUUUUCAAGACAGAUAUCAAAGUUAUCUGAAGAGUAUUUCAUUCUGCAGAAAAACCUGAAUGAAAUGAUUUUGUCACAGCAACUGAAGCCACUUUAUCUGGGUAUUUAUCAUCAUAAACCAGUUAAUAGACGUGUUUCUACUCAUCAGUACCUCUCAGGUGUCGCCAAAGAAGAGCCAAAAAUAUUGAGACCUCCAAGACGACCCCGGAAGCCCAAAACAUUAAAUAACCCUGAAGACUCUAAAUACUACUAUCUACUCCAUAAGUCAAUCCAAGAAGAAAAACGAAGACCAAGAAAAGACAGUCAAGGAAAAUUACUAGGUUUGGAAGAUUUCUAUUAUAAGGAACUUUUGCCCACUCAUUCUGGACCAAAAGAACAUAGCUCUAAUGUAAGAGAAUGGAGACCACAGAAGGAACUGCAGGAUCAAUGCACUGAGGUUAAUGAAAGGUGCUGGACCGCCAAGGGGAGCGAGGAGAUCUCAGCCAACCCUUAUGACUACAGAAGGCUCCUGCGCAAAACCUCCCAGCGCCAGCGCCUGGUGCAGCAGUUGUAGCGCUCCUACAGAGAGCUUCAGAAAGUGCCGGACCCUGGGACACCACAAGGACCAAAGCAGCAGCAGCAGCAGCAGCGGGGCACCCUCUGGCACCCACGGAAACCCUCAGAACCCUCAGGCACUGGAGCUGCUGAUGGCCUGCCAGCUCUGUUCCCUCUCAAAUACUGGGGCCCCCUCGAGGAGGCCCUGGCCCAAGAGAAUCUGAACUCCUUUGGGGAGUUUCCAGAUACUGGACCCCCAGACUUCUCCCACCUGCCCGCCGCCCCCGUGAUCCUAAUGUACCACUGUGUUCUGCUGUUUGAGAUUCAGGGUACCCGCUCUGCCUGAGCUGUCACCACUCCCUUUGCUCGUUUUGAAAUGAUUUAAGAGAUUUCUUCUUUCUUGAAAAGGCUUUCCCAGGACCAAAGGACAGUCGCUCUAGGUUGGGUGAGGUGGCAGUGGGAAGGAGUUUUCUCCUCUCUUGAUUAAUAAUAUUGCUAAAUAAAGUAA